AUGCUGCUGCAGCAGCUUGCAGUUGCCGCGCCCCGGCCCGAGACCACCUUACCCUGCGCUUGCAGGACGGCCAAGCGCGCGCACGUGCCCGACCCGCACGAGAACAACUCCGCCGUCGAGAUCUGCACCGACGACCCGGCCGGCAACGAGGGUCUCCAACGCAAGCUCAACGCGCGCCAUCUGACCUUUAUCUCGCUCGGCUCCGUCAUAGUCACGAGCAUCUUCCUCGGAGUCGGCAAUGCCCUCGUCACGGCCGGCCCCAUGGGCUUGGUGCUUUCCUAUCCCGUGAUCUGUUCCGUCGUCUACUGCGUCAUGCUCUGCGUGGGCGAGAUGGUCACCUAUCUCCCCGUCGCGGGCGCCCGUAUGCGUCUGUCGGCGCGCUUCGUCGACCCCAGCCUCUCGGCCGCCAUGAGCUGGAACUACUGGUACUGCUGGGCUCUCAUCGCGGCCGCCGGGGCCUCUGCCGUGGCCGUCCUGAUGACGUACUGGACGGAUGCUGUCAAUAGCGGUGUCUGGAUCGCCAUCUGUCUUGCCGUCACGCUGGGUGUCAACCUGUGCGGACCGCGUGUGUACGCUGAAGUCGAAUGCUGCAUGUCAUCCGUCAAGGUUACCACCAUUCUCGGCCUCAUCAUCCUCUCCAUCGCCGUGGACGCAGGUGCUGGCUCCGACGGCGACGUCAUUGGGUUCUGCUACUGGACAGACCCGGGCCCCUUUGUGCAGUAUUCGGACGUCCCAAGCCGGCUGGUUCAGUUCCCGGGCAUCUUCUCGGGCCUGAAGACGGCAGCCGACGGCUGCGUCGGUGUAUUCAUCUUUCUGGUGAAGCUGACCGCUCUGUCUGGCUUCAUCACCUGGGAGUGUAUCGCAGUGACCUACCUUCGCUUCAGGGCGGACAUGAAGGCGCAGCAAGUGCCCAAGAGCGUACUGCCAUGGAAGAGCGGUUUCAGCACAAUCGGUGCGUGGGGGAUCAUCAUUGUGAUAUCCUCAGUGUUAUUGUUCAGCGGGUGGCUUAUGUUCAAGGAGGGAAACUGGAGCACGGCCGAGUUCUUCGGCAACUACCUGCCAUUGAUGAUGUUUGUGGCUGUGUACGGCGGCUUCAAGGUGGGCACGCGCAGCCGAUUCGUGAGGACGAGUGAGCUGGAUUUGACGACGGGCCUCGAAGAGAUUGAGAGGAAGACAGCGCAGUGCAAGGAAGAGGACAAGGCGGAGAAAGCGACUAAGCCAGGAGUAGAGUCGCGACUGCCUGAGGAGGCUCGUGGCCUUGCAAGUUCGCUGCAGCGCAGGGCAGCAUUGCAGCCAAAAUUUGCGGCCAGCGUGCGUGGUCGGCCGGCAUCAGGUUGGACAGACUGGAGUCAGUCGGUCGCGGCGCCCGGGCAUCAAUCUGUGACAAACGAUUUGGUCACCACCACCAAAGGUGAGUAA